CACCUAGAUAUGUCUGGCGAAGUAUAGCAGAGUAUAGGAGAGCCAUGUCAAGCAGGCGGUCAGGUGCAAUGACAUCAACCCCAUAUCGAGGAGCAUAUCUUAUCGCGCUUUUCUUUUCUGCCGACCUUCCUCCAUCAUACGUCUUCCACUCCUCCCCUUUGCGCCACCAUGGAACCUGCUGAGAAACGCAAGCUCGAUACCGAGGCGGAUGGGGAUGAGCCGUCCCUCAAGAAAAGGGUAAUUGGCCCAUCGUUGCCCCCUCCCCAGCCUUCAGACACUCCCGACGACCGCAAAACCGAUUCACAAUCCGACAGCGACGGCGAUAGCGACGGCGAUAGCGACAGCGACGAUGACUUCGGACCCGGUCUACCACCCUCCCUCGGCGGCGCACAGCCAACUCAACAGACCACUGUCCACUCUACUCCCCAUAUAUCACAGACCCAGAAAAAGGAGAACCAGCGCGACGAAUGGAUGCUAAAGCCACCCAGCUCGAGCGACUGGACCUCCAAGAUUGAUCCGACGCAGCUUCGCAAUCGGAAAUUCCAAACGGGAAAGUCUGCUCGAGCACCGGGCUCGAAGCAGGUGGAUGCUACAUGGGUUGAGACCCCGGAGGAGAGGAUGCGACGACUACAGGAUGAAGUGAUGGGUGUUAAUGCCCCGCCAAAUCGCGCAGAGCAGCGUCCUUCAAAUACGAAAGAUGCGGUCCGAGCUAAGGAAAUGGAAGAGAAAAUUAAGAGAUUCAACGAUCAAUCAGGAAAGAACAAGCGACUCGAGAAAGAGCAAUCUGCGAAGAAAGAGGAAGAAGAUGAUCCGAGUGCUCGAGCUUUUGAUCGAGAAAAGGAUAUGGCUGUCGCGUCAAAGAUUACAAGUGCGCAACGGCGGGAGAUGGUGAGCAAAGCGAGCGAUUACGGGUCGCGUUUCUCUAAAGGAAGCUAUCUUUAAGACAGCCUGUGACGGAUAUCCCGUCACUUUCGACUUCUUUUGUCCGUGUGGAGGUUAUGCUUGUGGAAGUGCCUAUCGUUUGAGAGGCUCAACAAUUGUAUACCUAAGUCCUUGAGUGGUUACGACUUAAAUAUGAAGAUACCAUGCAAAUAUUCCUUGCGCAUGAGCUAAUUCAUUUGCUUUCGAUGAAAA